CGAACCUGAGGCCUGGGUAGCGCCAGGAGGUGCUCUGCGGGGCCGACAGCAGAGGUGGACCUCGGUGGGAAGUGUCGGGCGGAGGCAUGAUUUCCCGGCACCACAGGGAACAUAGGGUGCAAGCCCAGAAUCUGUUUCCUCAACAUCACUGGUUGAAAAUCUGAUUUGAAAGCGGUCCGGGUUUGAAAAACGUAAAGUGCAGUGCGGGGAUUUGAUGCGUCUCUGGUAUUGGGCUGGAAACCCUUCACUACUAAUUAUCAAGAAAAAAACUGGAAACUAAUCCGAACCUUACUCAAAGUUACUAAAAGAAUGGAACGAUUUGUAGUAACAGCACCACCUGCUCGAAACCGUUCUAAGACUGCUUUAUAUGUGACUCCCCUGGAUCGAGUCACUGAGUUUGGAGGUGAGCUUCAUGAAGAUGGAGGAAAACUCUUCUGUACUUCUUGCAAUGUGGUUCUGAAUCAUGUUCGCAAGUCUGCCAUUAGUGACCACCUCAAGUCAAAGACUCAUACCAAGAGGAAGGCAGAAUUUGAAGAGCAGAAUGUGAGAAAGAAGCAGAGGCCCCUGACUGCAUCUCUUCAGUGCAACAGUACUGCGCAAACAGAAAAAGUCAGUGUUAUCCAGGACUUUGUGAAAAUGUGCCUGGAAGCCAACAUCCCCCUUGAGAAGGCUGAUCACCCUGCAGUCCGUGCUUUCCUGACUCGCCACGUGAAGAAUGGAGGCUCCAUACCUAAGUCAGACCAACUAAGGAGAGCUUAUCUGCCUGAUGGAUAUGAGAAUGAGAAUCAGCUGCUCAAUUCACAGGAUUGUUGACAAGGAGGUUAUCGCCAUUGUGAUCAAGAUAAAUAAUGUGGAGUAUUAAAG